UAACCAAUCACGUGUUAGAUUUACAUUUUAACCUACGAUUUUUUACUAUAAUGUCAGAUAACGCUUUAUCUACGUCGCCGGCGGCAACCGCUGCGCCAGCGACAGCAUCGCCGAAAAAGGGCAAGACUGCGGCUGUUAAAAAACCGCGAGUGAAGCCGUCCCAUCCUCCUACAUCUGAAAUGGUAAACAACGCUAUUAAAAGUCUGAAAGAACGCGGCGGAUCGUCGCUGCAGGCGAUUAAGAAAUAUAUGUCGGCCAAUUAUAAAAUCGACGCCGAGAAAAUGUCAACGUUCAUUAAAAAGUAUUUAAAGUCAGCUGUUCAAGCGGGCACACUGAUUCAAACAAAAGGCAAAGGUGCUUCGGGUUCGUUCAAACUUGCCGCGAACGCUAAACAGAGCGGCGGCGAAAGCGGUGUUUCGGCUGGAAAAGCCAGGACCGCUAAGACGCCAGCGGCAAAAGCAAAAUCGAAGACAGCAAAGUCGAAGGGCGCCGCCAAACCUGCUUCGUCCCCUAAAAAGAAGUCUGCAUCCGCAGCGGGCACAUUAAAAAAGUCGUCGGCGAAACCUAAGACGACAGUCGAUAAGAAGAAGACCAUUCAGGGUAAGUCGACGAAAGCCUCAUCGGCCAAGGCAACGAGCAAAACGAAGAAAACCGUCAAGACCGCAGCCGCAAAGAAACCUAAAUCGCCAAAGAAGACAUCAAAAGUAGCCAAACCUUUGAAAAAAGCGUCACCGAAAAAGAAGUGAAAACAUUUCAUUAUCUUUUUACACAACA